UGAUGGAUUGACUGAAAUUAAUGUUAUUGUAUUCUGACAAUAACUUGUCUCAGUUAUAAACUCAGUAGAAUUAGAAGUUGGUCUACUAAGUAGGAUUAUUUGGCUACCAUCUUCUACUUCUUGACCCUGUGGCUCUAGUCUCUAAUUUGUUUUUUAAAGACUAUGGAUUUUGGGUCUUUUCUAAAAAGAAAAGAGAAAAGCAACCUAGAAACAAAGAUGGCUGCACCCAACCCCAGUAGGAUGGCUAGUAACGCAGGAGCCUCAAGAAUGAACUCUGGAAGUAAUUUGGAAUAUGAUAGUUCUUAUGGUAGGAACUCGUAUAGUGACCAAAAUUCGAUUGGAUCUUAUCAACAGCCAUUUUCCUCUUUUACGGAUGAUGGUAACUUUUAUGACGAUCAGCGUUAUAGGAGCAAUGAAAUGCUCUACCAGACUAAUGAGCACUGGUAUAAACAAUCUGCACCUUAUGAUGAGAGUCAGUAUGAGUAUGACUAUGCUGAUGGUUCAUAUAACAAAAAUUGGCAAGCUGGAUAUAGAUUUGGAAGAGGCCGAGGUUUUAAACAGCAACCAGAAUAUUUUGAUAGCAGAAGAGGGCAUGGUGUUGCCAGUGAUCAACAGUUAGCCGAAAGUAAACAGAAUCACCCUACUACCUAUUCAAGGUAUGAAGAACACCACAGUGUAAACAGUCAGUCAUAUUCAGAUAAUCUGCAUAAUUCUUCAUCAAGUGCACAACCAAGAAAGUCUGCCUUAAAAGCAUCAAGUACGCAGCCAUUAAAGUCUGCCCUAAAAUCUACACAGAGUCCCAAACCAUUAAAGUCGGCACUAAAAUCUUCCCAGAAAUCUUAUGACCAGGCGCAGGAAGUUGCAAAAAAGCUCAACCCAGAUAAAGAUAAUGAAAGUGUAAAAACUGAGACAAAAGAUAAAAGUGUAGAGGAGACAAAAGAUAAAAGUGUGGAGCAGACAAAAGAUAAAAGUGUGGAGGAGACAAAAGAUAAAAGUGUGGAGGAGACAAAAGAUAAAAGUGUGGAGGAGGAAGAUAAUGAAGAAGAUGAAUCUAUACAAAACUUACCAUCAAGACAUAAUCGAGGCUUAAUGAGUACUCUAAUUGCUCUUGCUGGGCCCUCUAUCCAAAACAGAAAACCUGACCCUUUGCCUCCACCAGCUCCAAUGAAAUUGGUUGAUGACAAUGAAAAAUACCUUCAAGCUCCAAAACAAGUUUCUACUUGCAAUCCAGAAUAUUUGGAAGAAAAUGGGAUCACUCAAGAAAUGCUUGAACAAGCUAAUAUAGAUGCUGACAGUGUCAACGACAGAGAUAUAUUACCUCAUGAAAUUGGUCGUUGUACUGAUAGGGUGGAAUUUUUUUGUAAGCUGUGUCAAGUACAAACUACAUCAUCAGGAAAUUUCAGGGACCAUCUGAAUGGCAAGAGUCACAAAUCAAAAUACGAGGCAUUCAAGAAAGGCAUACGACCAUCAUCCAACAAGAAGAAAAAAACAGUACAAUUACCCGUCAAGCCUGGAGAGAAGUCUGUCACCUUAGAGCUAUUGAAAACUUUUCAGGAACCAAUUUUAGGUCUUGCUUACAUAACUGAGUAUCAUAGUGGAACAGGCAUCAUAUGUGUCUGUAAUCUCUGUGUGGUCAAGUUUGACUUCAACAUUGUUGCUUCACAUGUCACUGGAACUAAGCACAGACUACAUUACUUGAAAGAAAAACAGCCUUCUGUGUAUGUGCAUCUUAAGAAGUUUGGUGGGAAAAAAUCUCAACUAACUGCAUUUUUAGAUGAGUUAAGUUUUGAUGCUGAGAAGAAGGAUGGUCGUGGUGAGCCAGUCAUAAAGAUUUUUGAACAUCCGCCAAAGAAAGAAACUGAAGAGGCUGGAGAUAUUGAUGACCUAAUUGCAAAUGAAGAAAAAUUAAAUGAAGGACAAUCGAGUGAAGAAAAAAAUCAAGCUACAUCCUUUCAAGACUGGGUCAAUAAAGAAAUAAAUAUUGCACAAAAGAAGAAAGAAGAAAAGAAGAGUCUUUCACCUGCACCAGGUUUUCCUGCUGAUAGUAAAAAUGUUGGACAUCCAAAGCCUUCAUCUGAAUCCAGGGCUCAUCUUAACAGUAGCUCACACCCAGAGCCUAGACCUCCACCUAAAGAGAGAUUGUAUCUAGAAGCCAGGCCUUUAGAGGAUCCCUUCCACAGUAGGUUUCCCCCACCAGACCCCUUCUUUAGCUUUGAACGGAUUCAUCGAUUUCCUCCCAAAGACCCGUAUUUAGAUCGUGACCCACUGGAUCGUGUGUUAAAUGAUUCAGCGCAUACCAGGCGAAUAAAAAAUCCAGACCCAUAUCUUGACCCAGAUCCACUCAAGCGAGUUCCUGUUAAAAAAUCUGUAGCCCCUGUUGUUAUCGAUUAUGGUCACAAAGUAAAAGAGUCUAGUUCUACACAAAAAGCAGAUAAAUGGGAAGAUGACAUUCGAAAUAUUCUUGGCCCACACAGCAAAAACAUGGCACCUGACAGUCUCGCCCUUUUGAGCAGUUCAUAUUCAUCACCUAAGCAUUCGCCUUCUCCUUCCAAAGAAGUAGAUAAAAGGCCAAAAAGACCUCUACCAUUUUCUAAAACAUAUCUUGAAAUAGCACAGGAGAAAUUAAAAAAUAAGGAAGCUGACAAGCUGUCCAAACAUUCUAGUAAUAAAAGAAACAGAAGUCCUACUCCAGAGGGCUAUGUGCAGAAAGACAAGGAAAGAAACUCUAGCAAACAUCCUAGGUCAAAUAGUCCAAGUAGAUCAGUGAUCCCACAGAAUGAAAGGAUAAUUAGGACUGCCCCAAAACAAAAUCCUUCUUUAUCAAGAAAUAGCUCUGAAACACCUCAUUAUGGUCAUCAAAAUAAUAGGAAAUCAAAAUCACCCCCAAGACAUCACUCAAGUUCAAAAAGCUGUUUUAGACCGAGGUCUAAAACACCACCUGAACAAAGCACACCAGCACAAAGGUCUAGAUCACCUCCUAGACAAAUAGCACCAGCAAGGUCUAGAUCACCUCCCAGACAGGUGGCACCAGAGAGGUCUAGAUCACCUCCCAGACAGGUGGCACCAGAGAGGUCUAGAUCACCUUUGAGACAGAUGGCACCUCCGAGGUCUAGAUCACCUCCUAGACAAAUAGCACCAGCAAGGUCUAGAUCACCUCCCAGACAGGUGGCACCAGAGAGGUCUAGAUCACCUUUGAGACAGAUGGCACCUCCGAGGUCUAGAUCACCUCCUAGACAAAUAGCAUCAGCAAGGUCUAGAUCACCUCCCAGACAAGUGGCACCAGAGAGGUCUAGAUCACCUUUGAGACAGAUGGCACCAGAGAGGUCUAGAUCACCUUUGAGACAAAUGGCACCACCAAGGUCUAGAUCACCUCCUACACAGAUUGCACCAGCAAGAAGGUCUAGAACACCUCCCAAGGAGAGGUCACCCCCCAGGGCUCAAGGAGUGCAAAGAAUGAAGAAUAUUUUAACUGAGCAAGAUGAGGAUGAACAAGCAGAAAGAAUAGCUAACUUACUGUUGAGCAUGUCAAGCUCUUUAGCUGCUAGUGGAGAUUUUAAAGGGGCUUUACAAAAGCUGUUGCUGGAUUCAGAUCUUGCUAAAACACUUCUCAGCUCACGCAUAAAACAGGAGCCUGACACUUCCCCACCAGGAGGAAGCAGAGAGUCCUUUGAAAGGGACAGACAGCCAUCCACAUCUCACAGCCAUAGGAGUGAGAGAGAUGAUGGCAGGAGCCAAUCCACAUCUCACAGCCACAGGGGUGAGAGAAAUGAUGUCAGGAGCCCAUCCACAUCUCACAACCACAAGAGUGAGAGAAAUGAUGGCAGGAGUUCCAUGCCUGUACAGCAGAGUAAAGCUUCCUCUAGGGAAAAAGUUGUCUUUUCAAUGGCAGGCUCUAGAGGACAAGUCUUCAAGAGCACACUGCCAUCUGAUUUUGGACAAGAUGAUGAUUCAGAUUAGUCACUCCACAUUUUACUGUGAAAUACUGAACACUUCUUUUUGUUUAUAAAACAAGAGUUUAAUGUGUUAUGUGUUAUUUUGUCUUGUUUUAUAAAUUUUCUUGUAUGCAUUAAUGCUAUUAUUUCUCACAAUUAUGCAUGUUUUCUAUUUUUUAACCCUAUUAACAUUCAUAAAGAAUUCACUAGGGUCAUUGGCCAUAGCAAUUUAAUAGAAAGAAAUAGUAAUAUAUUACAUGUUAUAUGACAAAAGGAAUACUUUAAAUCUCCCAAAAUAAAAUAAAAUGGUAGUGAUUUAUUUAACGAGAAUAAACUGUUAAAGAGAACUGUCUACCAGAUUUUUUAUUUUUGAAUAAAAGUAUCAAACUGGUCGUUUUUU